AUGAGAAUUAUUAAAAGAGAUUAUAAAAAGAAAAAAGAGACAUUAUUUUGUGGCUGAAAAGCUGAACCAGCAUUUCAGGAAAUGGAAUCCAAAUCUAGAAACGUACCGCAUACAAAAUCCGAAGUGGGUGGAUUACAAAUGAUUAAGGAACGCUAAUUUACAGUAAAUUGCGGCCUUACGACGGUAUACACAGUAGUUGUACUUUGGUUAUUGUUAGAUGUCAGUGACUGACUAGGUUCUGAUUUUUUUCUGUGGUCCAGUGUUCUGUGCUGCUCGCUGCACUUGAGAAGGAGAGUACCAGAGCGUCAUUCUUAAUUGGCUUUUAGUUACUACCACCCUGCUCUUGACCAGAAGUACAGCCCUGGCUCCACCUGUGCCUAAGGCUCUUUCUAGGUUCCUGGAGCUGUGUUGCCUGUUCCCCUCCUCAGAUACGGAUUCUUAGGGCCUCAUUACCUGCGCUUCCCAUCCAUGCCCUGACCCUGGUUUCCUGUGAACGAGAGCCAAGCCUCCCAAAGUUCACGGGGCCGAGCAACAACUGGAAAGAAUCCAACGCAGCCAUCAGAAACGUCAUGCUAUUUUGGCUUCUAUUAAGUCAAAGGAGAGAGAUCGCUUGAAAGUUGAGUGGGACCAGCACAAUGAUCGCAAGUUUGUGGACAGUCUUGUGAAAGCAAGAAUCAAGGAUGCCAUGCAAGGUUUCAUCAUCAACACUGAAGAAAGACGAAAUAAGCUACGUGAACUUUUAGCAUCAGAAGAAAGUGGGUAUUUAACUGAAAUGCAGUUGAAAGAAGAAACAAUUAAGGAGAAAAAAGAUAGAAUGAGAGAUAAAACCAGAUUAUUGAAAGAGAAGAAAGAAAAAGAGAGACAAGAUCUUGUGGCUGAAAAACUAGACCAGCAAUUCAGAGAACGGUGUGAGGAGCUCCGUGCUGAAUUGUUUUGUAUCCAUGAGAAGAAGGUGAGCGAGGAGCGGAAAGCACAGGUAGCUUUCAACGAAGAGCUGAAAAGGCAAAAACGGGUGGAAGAGCAGAUGUUCUCAAAGCUCUGGGAGGAAGACCGAUUAACCAAGGAAAAGCGAGAAGCUGAAGAGGCGAGGAGGCAGAAAGAGCUGGUGGAGAACACACGCCUGGGCCUUAAUGCCCAGAUCACGAGCAUCAAAGCGCAGAGGCAGGCCGAGCAGCAGCUGAAAGAAGAGGAGGCACGCUUUGUGGAAAAUGACAAGGCACAGGUGAAACUCGAGAAUGAACAGGAUAAGCUAAAGAAACAGAAGGCAAAACAGGAAAUUAGGGCUGCUUUGCAGAAAGCCCUCCAAGAGAAGAUAGAACAUAUUCAGCAGGAAUAUAGAGAAGAACAGGAUUUGGACAUGAAGCUUGUGCAAAGGGCCCUUCAAGACUUACAGGAAGAUGCUGAUAAAAAGAAGCAAAAAAGAGAAGAGAUGGCAAGAGAACAGGAGAUAUAUCUUCAGUAUGUGGCACAGCGGCGUGAGGAGGAGAGAGCUCAGGAGAAAGAACUGGACAGAAUAUUAGAGGCAGAGAAGGAAAAGAAGUUGGCGGAGAAGGACAAGGAGCUGAGACUUGAAAAGGAGGCAAGGAGACAACUUGUGAAUGAGGUCAUGUGUACAAGAAAACUUCAAGUUCAGGAAAAAUUACAACGAAAGGCAAAAGAACAGGAAGAACGUGCUAUGGAACAGGAACGCAUAAAUGAAGGUCUGAAAGAGCUUAACCGUGAAGAGAAGGAGAAUUUUGCAAGGCGCUCCAGUUUGGCCCAGGAGUACAGAAAGCAGCUUCAGAUGCAAAUGUCCUACCAGCAGCAGGCCCGGGAAGCGCAGAAGGAGGAGGAACGCCGAGAGUUUGAAGCAGGGGUAGCAGCAAACAAGAUUUGCCAAGACAAGAUCAGGGAGAUCCUGUCCUUCCAUCAAGUGCGGCCCCGAAACAUUCAUCCCAUGCGGAGGGCAUGCCCUGAGAAGCUCCCGCCAUAGUUUCAUAGACAUUAAUAUAUUUUUUCACAGUCUUUUCAUGUCUUUAACUAUAGUAUACUGGUCUGUUCUUUUCAACUCAUGGAUAAACUUCCUUUAUUUCUCUGAGUUUUCAUAAUUCUACAUAAUGUUAUUCCUUCAAAUUAAACUUCGUGCCUUUUUUUAGACUUCAUAGACUUA